AUGGACUCAGUAAGUCGAGGAGAAAAUGUAGCCCAAGAAAGUCAACCAGGCACAGGUGUUAAUGAGACCCACUUUGGAGCGCUGAAUGAAAGCCCAUUUUUCCUGUUGGGGAGGGUGGUCAUGCAGCAGAGUUACGUCUGCGCUCUCAUAGCCAUGAUGGUUUGGAGCAUCACAUAUCACAGCUGGCUGACUUUUGUUCUGCUGCUGUGGGCUUGUCUCAUCUGGAUGUUGCGUUCCAGGCGGCACGCAGCCACAUUGUGUUCUCCAUUCAUCCUGCUGUAUGGCCUGGCUCUGUGCUGUCUUCAGUACGUCUGGGCCAUGGACCUAGAACCUGAGCUGCCCACCACUGUAGGAACCAUGAGUCUUAGACAACUGGGACUGGACAAAGCCCAGUACCCCUGCCUGAGACUUGGGGCUAUGCCAUCUGUGAUGAAUCUGGUUCUGGUGGUGUUGUGGUCUCUGGCGAUGCCCUGUUGUCGCUUCAGACCCAUGGCAUCUUGCCUGUCGACAGUCUGGGUGUGUGUCAUCAUCGUCUGCAAAAUGCUUUACCAGCUCAGCGUCGUCAACCCCGAUGAGUACUCCCGCAACUGCAGUUUGCCACUUACAAAUGAAACCAGCAUGUUGCCAGAGGAAGUUAUGAACUCCACUCUGUAUAAGGAGCCAGUGGACCCAGCCAAAUGGUUUGGGAUCAGGAAAGAUGCUACUGCACUGGGGUAUAGCAAGAACCAUUUGAUAGUUCUGUUGCUGCUGGUGUUUGAGGCAACAGUGUAUCGUCACCAGACUCACCAUUACAGCCAGAUCCAGCGGUCCCCCCCACCUGUACCAGCACUUUUCCCUUCUGCAACUAGAGACACUUUAGAUGACGGCCUCCUUCCCUGCUUGAAGUAUCUGCUCAACUACACCUUUUACAAGUUUGGCCUAGAGAUCUGCUUUCUGAUGACGGUGAAUGUGAUUGGUCAGCGAAUGAACUUUUUAGUGAUUAUCCACGGCUGCUGGUUGGUGGCCAUCUUGGUGAGGCGCCGGCGUGCAGCUAUUGCUAAGAUCUGGCCAAAAUACUGUAUUUUCCUGUCUAUCUUCAUGAUCUACCAGUAUCUGCUGUGUGUGGGCAUACCUCCUGCUCUUUGCAUUGGUGAGUAA